AUGGAGAAACUCAACGAGGCCGUCAUGGUCAUGAACAGGUCACUGCAGGAGAUCAACAUUGAGAACAUGAAUGUCGAGCUUGUCGCUCAGAUGUUUAAGAACUACCAGUCCAAUGUCUUGUUCCAUCUCGAGGGUACGUUUCUUGUCACUAUGCAGACCUUAGUGAAGUAA